AUGAGCCCAGAGGAGGUUAUCAGCCCUGCCUCCUCUCUCUAUCAUUUCCCCAUAAAAGCUCAGAGAUCAGAGGUUCCUCUGAGACUCAACAACCUCCAGACUGUCGUGACAGACUGCGAUCACAUCCAACAACCAACCUCCGGCCCGCCGACCAACCGGCUGCCUGUCGACCAACCUCCGGCCCGCCGACCAACCGGCUGCCUGUCGACCAACCUCCGGCCCGCCGACCAACCGGCUGCCUGUCGACCAACCUCCGGCCCGCCGACCAACCGGCUGCCUGUCGACCAACCAGACAUCAACGAGACAUCAGUCAUGGCGUCUCCUGGCCUGCUGCUGCUGCUGAUGUCGUCCUUCCUCUUCCUCUCCAUCGUGAGCGUCUCAGCGUCUCCUGACCAGAACCAAGUGGAGGAAGUCACUCAGAAGAAAAUAAACAAAGCGAAGGAAGUGGCUAAAGCUUUCGGCAAGGUUUUGCGUGACAGCAUUGAUAAGAUCAGAUUAACAAGCAUCCCAGGGUUAAAAGGCAGGGUAAACAGGAAAAGACCAAGCCAGCAGCAGCCAAGAGGCAGGGUCAACAGGGACAUAUCAAGCCGCCGGCGUUUUAUAGCCAAAUUUCUCCUGGGAUAA